AUGGAUCAACAACCACCACAACAACCUCAACAACCUUUUUUACCAAAAAAGUUGCCAGCUAAACCUUUAUCACCACCACCACCAUUAAAAAAAUUACCAGGAGGAUUACCACCAUCACCAGCAGCAAUGAACAAUGGUUUACCACCACCACCAGCAGCAGCAAUGAACAAUAAUUUACCACCUCCACCAGUAUUAAAUAAUUUACCACCCCCACCAAAUAAUUUACCACCUCCACCAAUGAAUUUACCACCACCACCAAUGAAUUUACAACCACCACCAUCAAUUAUUACACCAGGACCUCCACCACCAUCAUCACAAGGUGCACCCCCAUUAUCACAAGGUCCACCACGUCAAGGUCCACCAUCAUUACAAGGUCCACCACCAUCAUCACAAGGUGUACCACGUCAAGGUCCACCACCACAAUUACCAAAUCAAAUGAAUAAACCAUUAUUUAAACCACCACCACCACAAAAUAAAAUUAGUGGUAAUCUUCCACCACCACCAGCAACAGCAACAGCACCAUUACCAACUACAAAUCUAAAUUUAAAUCAAAACAAUACCCCACCAUUACCAACACCACCACCACCAUUAUCAGUACCACCAUCACUACCAACUCAUGGUAGCAGUGGCAGUUUAUCAAAUCCAUCUAUUAGACAAAGUGUUUAUGGCAUUGCUCCUUUAUCAAAUCCACCACCUCCACUUCAAGUACCACCAACACCAUUAUCACCAACUGCAGCUACCAGACAAGCUCAUUUAAGUGGUUCACACAACAGAGCGUCAUCACAAGAUUCAGCAAUCAAUACUAGCGGUGGUGGUAGUAAUUUUAGAAAUUCAACAGAUUCAGUUGCAUUAUCACUUUUGGAUCAACCUGAAAUUUAUCCACAAACUAGAAUUGCAGAAGAAAAUUUUAAUUAUUUAAAAGAAAUUCAUACAAAAAUUACAAAAAGAUCACAAACAUCAUCAUCAUGUUCAAGAGAAGGUAAUAGUUUAGCAGAAACAUUUAAAAAUUAUGGUACUAUGUUAAUUUCACAAUCAGAUAAUUUAUUGGGUCAAUGUAUGUACAAAGUUGGAGAUUUUCAAAGAGAAUAUGAAGAGAUUAGAGAUCAACUUGAUAUUCAAUCACUCAGUGGAUUAAAGGGUACAAUCGAUCAAUUUAUUAAUCGUGAUGUUAAAGUUGUAAGAGCAUCAAGAAAAAAUUUCGAUAAAAUUAAAUCAAUGUAUGAAACUGUUGAUACCAAAGUAAACUCUAAUGCCAAUAAGGGUAAAGGUGUAAAUUUAGUAAAGCAAGCAGAAUUACAACAAGAAAGAGACUUCCUUCGUGGUAAAUUAAAUCAAGUUGGUCAAGAUUCACUCUCUACAAUUAAAUUAGCAAACGAAAGUAAUUCAGUAGAAAUUAUGGAGCAAAUGGUAGAAUACAUGGAGAAUAUGCAAGUUGCAGUUAAAGCUCUUCAAUCUCAAUUGGCUCAAUUACAAGUACCCAUUACAACUUAUAAAAAAGAAGCUGUUCGUAGACGUGCCGAGUUAGAAAAGUCGAUUGAACAACAAAAGAAUAUAAACUCUCAAAAGAAUCAAAAAGAUAAAAACUUUAACGAUGAGCUCGAUAGAGAGGUACAAGGAGAGGAUCCAAAGAAAACUAGACUCCGUAGAUUUAUUUCAGCAGAAAGAAAUUAUGUUGGCGGUUUGAAUUCAUUGGUUAAUAUUUAUUUAUCGGGUCUUCGUACUGAUGAUCGUUUAUUUAGUAAAAUAUUUAAAGAGGAUGAAGUAGCCAUCUUUUCAAAUAUCGAACCACUUUAUUCAUAUCAAACAAAGUUUUUAGAAGAAUUAGAGUCUAGCUAUAAAGGUUUUGGUGAAGUUACCACUCCAACACUAGGUGGUGUAUUCUUUAAAAACUCUGAAAAGAUGAUGAAGCUUUACUCUGUGUAUAUUAAUAAUUUUUCAAAGGCAUUACUCACAAUCAAUAGAUGCAAACAUUCAAAGAAUUUCCAAGCUUUUCUUAAAACAUGCGAAGAAAAAGCCGAUGGUGCAGAUCUUGACUCACUUAUUCCAUUACCAUUGACACGUGUUGCCAACUAUUUACUUUUGCUUAAUGAUAUGAAGGAUCAAUUUACCCAACAGCAAUCAGAUCCAACCGAACUAAAACACGUUUUAGGUGCAUUAGAAAAGAUUCAAUCAAUUUCGGAAUGUGUUAAACAAAGUCAAAAUAUUAUUCAAUUAAAUAAACUUCAACAAUCCCUAACCGGUUUCGAUGGCAGCUUGGUCGAAGAAGGACGUUUCCUUGUUAAAGAGGGUACCAUGUCAAUUUUAUUUUCAAAUAUUCAACAACAACCAACACAAUUCUACUUUUUAUUACUCACUGAUAUUUUAAUCUAUUGUAAAAAACAAAACAAUAUCUUUGGUGAUCUUUCUAGUGAUGCUAGAGGUAUGUUAACUGGUCAGCUUUCACAACAAGCCUCCAACAAAUAUAAAUUUAUUGGUAAAUUCGAUUUAAAAAAUAUGGAUAUCAAAAAUAUUACCGAUAUGGAUAGCAGUAAUAGCAAUAAUUCAUUCCAAAUUCUUUGCGGUGGUGGUAUCAAUUGCACCAUGUUUUGCGAAACCAAACAACAAAAAGAAGAGUGGCUCACAACUAUCACCAAAACCAUCUCGAAAUGUAAUCAAAAUAAAUUAUUUGGUAUUCCAUUAGAGGCUAUCAUGGCAAGACCAUUCGAACAAGGUCGUCCAAUACCAUCAUUCCUUCAAAGAAUUGUCGAUUAUUUAUAUGACACUGCUCCAUUAGAAGAAGGUAUUUUCCGUCUAUCAGCCAACCAAAAGACUCUUGAUAUGGGAAGAGAAGAAAUUGAAACAGGUGUUGAAUUGGAUUACAACGAAAUGGAUAUUCAUGCAGUCGCUGGUAUAUUAAAACUUUGGGUUCGUAAUUUACCAGAGCCACUUUUAACCUUUAAAUAUUUCGACACAUUUGUAGAUAUCGCAGAUUUAGAAACCAAGGAUGAAAAAUAUCAAAUGAUAAAGAAUGUUGUUGAAAAGUUACCAAACGAAAACAAAUUCUCAACUUAUUAUUUAAUGAAACUUUUAACCAAGGUAUCAGAAAACUCUGCUGGUAACAAGAUGACACCAAACAACAUUUCAAUUGUAUUUGCCACAUUAUUAUUGCGUAAAAAAGACGCCUCUCCUCUUGAUUGCACAUCAUUCAAUACAAUCUUUGGUGUCAUAGAGUGCUUUAUGACAGGUUUCAAUGUAAUCUUUAACGAAAUCGAAAAACAAUAUCAAGAUGCAUUAAACUCAUCAACAGAUAGCUAUAAAGAUAAACGUAAAUCAGUUAUUCCAAAUAAACCAUUACCAAAUCGUCCACCUCAUUUACAAUCACCAGAUGCUUCAAAAUUACCACCAAGUGGUGGUGGCAGUGGUAGCGGUAGCAUUAAUAGUAGUUCCGAUAGCUUAGACAAUAGCUCUGGCUCCAUCGAAUGGACUAAACAAAACUUUAAUGACUCAGAUAGCGAUGACGAUGACGACGAAGAAGGAGGUUUUUCAAUUGGUUCAAAACAAGCUUCCAUUACAAUUCAAUUAGGUGAAAUUGUUAAACAAGGUUAUUUGACAAAGAAGGGUGCAAUGAGAAGAAAUUGGACCAAACGUUGGUUUGUCUUAAAACAGGGCUAUCUCUUUUACUUUAAAACUUCAAAGGAUAAAAAACCCAAAGGUAUUAUUCAAUUAAAUAAUGUAUCUGUAACUCGUUCCUAUUAUAAACCAAAUUGUAUGGCUAUCAAAUCAAAUUCAAUCGAUAAAGAUGAUAGAGAAUUUUUAAUUUGUGCAAAUAGUCAAAAUGAUUUAGAAAGUUGGAUAAAAGUAAUUUUAAAUUGUAUCACUCAAUAA